CGCCCAGGAUCCGAAAACCGGGAGGCGGGGCUGUGCGUCGCAGCUGGCCGUGGCGGGGCCAUGGCGAGCACGGAACCCAGUGGGCCCGGGAUACGGACCUCUACCCCGGGACCCCGGCCGGGCGGGACCCCAGACUGCGCAGCGGGCGCCACAAGGCUGCCCUUCGAGCGAAGCGGCAGCGGAGUCCCCCGACUGGGGGAGCGGCCCCCGGCGAUUGUGGAGAAGAGGGGGCCGUACAUGGUGACUCGCGCGCCUUCCAUUCAGGCCAAGCUGCAGAAGCAUCGAGACCUGGCCAAGGCCGUUCUGCGGAGAAAAGGCAUGCUGGGGGCCUCGCCGAACCGCGCCGACUCUUCAGGGAAAAGGUCAGUGAAGUUUAACAAGGGCUACACUGCCCUUAGUCAGAGUCCAGAUGAAAACCUGGUGUCCCUCGAUUCUGACAGUGAUGGGGAGCUGGAAUCCAGAUACUCCUCCGGGUAUUCCUCUGCAGAGCAGGUGAACCAGGAUGUAAGCCGGCAGCUGCUCCAGGAUGGGUAUCACCUGGAUGAGAUUCCAGAUGAUGAGGACCUGGAUCUCAUCCCUCCCAAGCCUAUGGCCUCGUCAACAUGCUCCUGCUGCUGGUGCUGUCUUGGGGACUCUUCCUCCUGUACCCUCCAGUAGACAUAAGCCCCUAAGAUGCGCCCUGCUCACCAUGCCUGCACAGCCCUGUUGGCCCUCUUAGGUCACAGAGUGCAGUGGGGACUGCUGUCAGCCUCAGAAUCACUGGAGGCACUGACCCUCUGCAAAGGUCAGUGACCUAUAGUUCUCCUUUCCCUGGUGCUUCUCAGGCCAGAGGCCCCCGUCUGGGCCAUACGGUGAUAGGUGGGAUUCUGCAGUUUUCCUCUGCUGUUGGAGCAGAGUUUAGAGAAACCACCUUUAUAAGAGCAGGGACAGGUGAAUUCUGGUUCUUGUGGUCAGUGACAAAGCUGGCUGAGGAAAACUUGCAAAUAUCUCGACUGGUAUUUGUCAUGUUCUUUGGAGGGAGAGAGAGCUUUUGUGCCCAGACUACGCUGGAUGGUGUUGUAUGGAAGCAGAAAAUAGCACUUUAUGACUUUCGCUUCUGGAGUCCUUAAAAAAAGAAUAACUAUGUGGGACUGGUUUCAGAAAUUCCACGUGCUCUCCUCCUCCUGGCUCCAUGAUGGGUAACAUGCUAGACUCUCAAGAGACAAAGCAUGGCCCUCUGGCCCUCUUCCCUUGUGCCUGCUUGCCUGCGACAGAGUACACAGCAGGUUGCUUGAUGGCACAGCAGGAUCAAGGCUUCCAGAAUCCUGGACUCAGAGCAUUCCCGGCUGGCUCAGACUGUCUGGGUGGUUGUAGUGACUGUGGUCAGCCCACCCCUAGUUAGAGAAAAAUUGCUCCACUAUGUACAUAUUUAUUUAUUUGUCUUUCCGUGGUGGCCAUUCUCUGCCUUGUUCUCAGCUAGUUCUAUAUGCAGUCUUUGAGUGUAAAGGUCUGGUGAAGGGUCCGGAGCUCGCCCCCGAAGCCUGCAGGCUUGGGUUACCAGCAGAGGGAGCUGCAGGGAGUGGUCAGGUGCCUUCCUAUUGAGCUUUUUGAACUUGGGACUAGCAGUGGGUGAGAAGCAUAGUGGUACAGUUGUGAGGACUUUGAUGUAGUCAGAGGCUCACAGGGUGGGGAGGAGGGACCCAAGCCAGCUUCUGAGCCCCUGCCUGCAGAGAUAAUAGGCCGUUGCAGAGGGUUUCCCUUUGUUCCAGCAUCGGCCUCACAGGAGAUUCAGAGGAAUGGGCUUCACAGUAAACCUCUGGUGCCACCGCCAUCAGAGUGAACAGAUGGGAUAGGCCUAAUGUCCCCAGUGAUCACACGCUCCCCACUCCAGGAGAUCUUGCUAUUCCAGUCCUCUUUUCAAUGUUUUUUUUUUUUUCUUUUUUACCUCAGUUAGAGCCCUGGUGAGGAUUGAAUGAGAGUGGACACAGUUCCCAGCCUAAGGGAUAUGGUAGUCAGGAUUGGGGUGUGGGCCCCACAUGGGAAAGUGCCUGGUCUGUUGCUUCAUUUGACAUUCUGUGGCUUCUAAAGCUAUGAGGAAUGACAUGGACUCUUGCUCAACCACAUGAGGUGAUCAGAUGGCUGAGAAGGUCCUUAUUUGUUAGAUGUAAUCUAGUAGCAUCACAGCUGGGGGGUGAUGGAUCAGCAGCACCUCGAGUUAGGGUCUGGAGAAUAGGGGACACAUGCUCUCAGGAAUGGAAAGGGCAGUGUCACAGGGGCCUCACAUUCUGUGUUGUGUGAAUGCCCGCAGGCAUUUGGAGAUGUGAGAACAUCCUUAUCUUGAGCCCCUUGCCCAUCUACCAAGACUAUUCAGGCCUUUCUGGUUUCUGCAGAGGGGCAUGAAGAGAGGACUCCAGUGUAGGGCAGUGUAAAGAGACAGUGGUGGUAGCAGGAAACCUAGUGGGGGCCAGAAAGGGGCUGUGGAAGCCCAGUGAGGGGGGCACAUUGCUGGGGGGGAAUCGGUUAGGACAGGGUAGCUGAGCGUUUGGCAACGGCUGUGGUGAAGGCGGCAGGGCCCUAAGGUGGACCCCGAGCUGGUCGUUACUGUGAAACACUGCUGAUGUAUUUGCCUGCAUCUGUUCCUGGAGAGCAUGGUCCAGAGCUGGUUGACUCCAUGUAGAAGGCAUUACCUUUGUAGAAAAUGUUUUGGGAAUAGGGUAGCAAGGCAGGGGAGAAGCGGUCUGCGGUUGGGGCCAGAAGUCCCAGGCUAAAAGGUCACCAAUAAAGGCAUCAAGGUGCCUAGAGCCAAACUGCCUUAAUUCAGAGUGCUGGAUAUUCUGCAGGUGACGGUGCCCUGGGGAGAGAGGGGUGUAUUUGCACUUACCUUGCAGAGGGGAGCAUGUGUAUGGUGUUUACAGAGUACCCUACAGAACUCUUGGCUUAGGCUUCUGCAGCUCUGGAGGUUUCUAAUAAACACAAUAAUGCUAGUA